AUGGAAAUCAUUACGGAGAGUUUCUACUCAAACCUUUUCCUUUCAUCAACUCCUGUGUCAAGGUUGAUCAUCCGCACUGGUGAAGCUCAACCAAGGAUUCUCCCUUCGGAAGUACGAGUCUCUAUCAAGAGCAUGAAACCUGGCACAGCCCCCGAACCUGAUUUUAUAUCAGGAGAAUUUCUUCGGGAGAAAGCCUUCGACAGCGUAGAAACGAAUGCAAUAGUGUCAGCGCUGGUCGAUCAAGGUGUGGACGCGAAAAUCGUGGGAACUUCGUCAUGCGUAUACCUCGGACGUUCUAUGAAUAUGGAAAACGACUUGAAGGAAGAGCUGAAUAAAAAGAUGAGAGCAGCAUGGGCAGCAUUCGCAUCCGUCAUGGAAGCUACGAACCAACUGACGGACCAAGAUCUACGGAGACCGCCGACGAGAUGGGCUGAUGUGUUCGCUACACGGAUGGAGCGGCUGGGAGCUCAGCUGGAUAAGGCUCACGGACCUCGUCAACGUCACCCUGAAAACACGAAGCGUGAGAACGUAUUGGAUGACAGGGGAACGAAACGACUGAAAAGGAUUCUGGGGCCCGCACGUCCAGUGAAGGCUGAGAAUCUAAGUAUCUAA